CUGGUUCUUCUGCUAUGAAAUGGUGACUCAUUUUCAAACAUAACGGAAUCAUAUAGUUUCUACGUUCCGGACGGAGAGUCAGCCUGACGACUCCAGAGGUACCACAACCCCGCCCCUUUUAGAGGGACGACCAGUGGCUUUAACCCGACAACUAUUUACCGCCCAUUUGUCAGCCAAGUCAUCUGCUUUUUAUUUUUGAGAGACCGUGGGGUCAGAAAGACCUUUCCCACCAGAAGAGGUCGCAUGAAGACUGCUUUAAAUUGGAAGUGGAUUUGCUGCAGCAGGAAAUGGAGCAGAUCCUCAGAAGGGACGCUGAACCCGAAGCCUGCCAGGUCUCAGGAGAGUUCCGAGAGGGAAGACGACCUCAUUUCUCAGGCGACAAUAAGAUGAGCUACGACGUUGUGCAAGAGAUCGGAUUUUUCGAAACCUUUUAAUGAGUCAAUGUAACUUCAAAUGAAGUGUCACUUUCCACGUUUAGUAUCACAUUAUUAUAUUGUGAUUUGCUGACACGCAAUGCGUCAUAGUGAGACGUAGGAAGUGGAUCUUUUUUUCGCUAUAAAUGUGCUAUCCAUGUGUCAUUCGUGGUGCACUAUUGUCUAUUGAGAAGUCGAUUCAGACCUGGAGGUGGAGCUUGUGCCAGACAUAUACCAGACAUAUCGAAUCCUUCAUUUGAUUUUGAACUCCGGAUGUGACGUAAUCUCUGGACAGAUUUGAUAAAAAGCUGAUGGAACCAUUACCUGAUGCCGAGGGUUUUUGAUGGAUGCCAAUUUGACUUGACUCCAUCUUUGUUGUGUCGCAGGACGCACCGCGUGACGCACUGCUCUCUACUGACACCCUCAGGAGGGUUUUGCAUCUCAAGUCUGAUUAUGCGCGUGCACACGUGACCGCGAAUACGGGUCCUCUGGUCUCUGGUGGCCCGACGUCACAACACUAGACCCAGCGCCUCUUACAGACAGAUGAGACGGCAAACCUCGUCACGGAUUCAUUCAAGGCGCUGACUCUUUAUUUUGCCUACUUUUCACGAUCCAUGUGUGCGUGCAUGCGCACAUCCAAAUUCUGCACAUCCAGUGUCUCCAUAGCAACAGAUCAUCAGUUGUUUCUCUUCAAGAUCCAGAUGGUGAUCACUCGGUCUCGCUGGUUCUGGUCCAUCAUCGCUUGAGGUGGAGCUUGAGUCCCCACAAAUCCACGCAGAAGCGACAGGCGGAGCCCGACGCACACGGACGAGCAGAAUCAGAACCGGAGCUGGUCAUUCACCGAGAGGAUUUUGGGACGAGCCAAGAGCGACCAGGAGGAAAACAUCGUCUCUCCGAACCGGGAGCGGAACCUUUUUGGACCAGAGGUGUCUUCAAACGGCAGAUGAUGAAUCGGCUGGCUCUGAUGGCCAUGAUGAUGGUGUCGGUGGUCGCGGGCAAAUCUCCGCGUCUCAAAUUUGUUGUUCACGAACCUUCCAGGUUUCACUUCGACAAGCCUGAGAACUACGUCAGCAUGUUUCAUCCGCCAGGCAGCGACACGCUCUAUGUGGGAGGUCGCGCUGUGAUCUAUGUCCUGACCUUCUCAGACAGAGGUGCCCAGGAGCAUCAGAUUCCCGCUGCUUCUGACCAGACCGCCAUCGACACCUGCAAGGCCAAGGCCGCACCAACCGAGCUGGAAUGUGACAACUUCAUCACCGUCAUCCAGAAGAUCAACGACACCAUGCUGGUGUGUGGGACCAACGCUGGAAGUCCUCGGUGCUGGACUCUGGUCAACGGCUCUGUGCUGAGCGACGUCCGUGGCCAUAUGGGUGCAGCUUCUGACAUCUCGCCUCCAUAUCCGUCACAGAAGUCCAUCAGUCUGGCAACAGAGGGGAGUCUGUACUCGGCCAUGUCUUCAGUGGGAGGUCACGCCGGAUCUAUCCGCCGAACCUUCGGGUCCCAGAAGCUUCUGAAGAGCGAGAACGUCUGGCUGCUGAAUCCACAGUUUGCCGGUGCUGCCAUCGUCCCAGCGUCGGAGAAGAUGAAAGAGGAAAUCUACUUUUUCUUCAGUGAGAUCAACAAAACCGCCCGAGUGGAUGAGGAACCGUAUCGAGCUCGAAUUGGACGCAUCUGCACGGUGGAUGAGGGCGGGAUCAAGGCCCUGCUACCAGACUCCUGGACCACCUUCAUGAAAGCCCGAGUCAUGUGUGGUGCCGGAAACAGCCAGCAGCAGUACAACAACCUGAAGCAGGCCGUGGUUCUGACGGCGCAGGACAAGCGGGCCGGACUCUUGUAUGGAGUCUUCUCCAACGCCUGGGGCCGAACAGUCAUCUGUGCGUACUCCAUCGAGGACAUCAACCAGGCUUUCACCCACUCCAACCUCAAAGGUUACAGCAGCCCGUUUGUGGGAACCCGGCCCGGAACUUGUGUUCGUAAGAACUCCAGCGCUGGAAGCCCCAAUGACAUUAAGAAUCUGGGCGUGAUCCGGUAUCACCCUGAAAUAGAAGACGUGAUCCGGCCUGUGGGCGUGGCGCCGCUGGACCUUCCUGCUGAUGAUCAGAUCACACACGCCGUGGCCGACAUUGUUCUUGCCGCCAACGAUGAGCACUACAGCGUCCUGUACCUGGGAACGGAGGAAGGAAAGGUCCUGAAGGUUCUGCACAGCAGUGAGGGCGUCUUCAUCAUCUCGCAGUAUUCCAUGUUCCACAAUGAGGGCCCGGUUCUGAACAUGGCUAUCGACCCAGUGAAGGGUCACCUGUAUGUGGCGACAGCAAUGGAGGUGCAACGGCUGCCGCUGGCUGACUGCACUCGCUAUGGCGAUACGUGCAGAGAGUGCGUCCUCGCCAGGGACCCGUACUGUGGCUGGGAUCCGGUCCGCAGGCGCUGCCUCCCGAUACCACUGGGCUACAACGUCACAUCCGGCAUCAUCCAGAAUCUGGACCAGUCCAACUCCAGUGUGUGUGGAGAGGCAGCCGCUCUGAAGCUCCGCCGCACGUCACCGCGGGAGGUCCUGGUCCAGUCCAACACCUCUGUCUUCCUGCCGUGUCCAGUGCGCUCCUUCCUGGCCACGUAUCGCUGGGAGAAGGACAACUGCCCCAAGAACUACCCCUGCCUCUUCUCCGGGGACUUCUGUGUGCUGGGCCCCUCUGUGGACACGCCACUGCGGGACGGCGUCUUCCGGUGCAUGGCCACUGAAGACGGCUUUAAGGUGGAGGUCAUCUCCUUCAGGCUGACCAACAGUGGACAGCUGCUGGACGUCAGCCGGGCUCCACUGUUGCUCCUCCUCAUCACAGCAGUCGCCAGGCUCCAUUAACCGAGGCUAGUGCUAAUGCUAACCGCGCAUACUUAUAAUAACAGUGCAGCGGCGGCAGCGAGGUUCACACGGCGUCGACUUCAGAGCUGUUUUUUUUAGAAAAUAAACAAAUUGAAGCAUUUAUAUCUGAAAUCACGGUGAAGUUGGAUCCAUCAGAGUGACACGGCGCCGUGCGAACCUCCCUCUGAACUCAAACAUAUCUUUGCCGACCUCGGCUGGUUUUCUUCGUGCUCAUUCGUGACAGGAUUCAUUGUGUUCAAAUGAUUAUUGUGAAUGUAAAAGCCUCAAAACUUCUGCGACUAGACCUCUGAAGCACAAACACCAAGGCUCUAAACAUGAGUUUAGUGAGUUGAGCUUAUAUCACUGUGUCCAGCGGAUCCAGCCAUCGCCAGCAGGGUGUCUUGUUCACAGACCAGAACCAGGCGAGUCCAGAAACGUUAGCUCCAGCCACUAGUUACAGCCAUCAGCAGAGCAUCACAAAGGUCUUCUGGUGAACCAGGCCUUCCUGUCACUCGCACCCCAAGCUAGCAGGGAGCGCCGCUGUUAGCCAGUGAGCUCACAUCUUAGCUGCUAGACGUUGACACUGUGAAAGUACCGACUGUUAAUCCCGUCCGUGAAAGCUGAAGUAAGACUGAAGUGUCGUGAACAAGGCGUCGUCGCGGCGAUGACGUCGAACCCUCAGAUGUGUCAGGCGCAGACAGGCUCUACGGUUUUAGAUGUUUGAAGAUUGUGUUAAGUAGCUGGUGCCGCUGCUGUGCCGUUGUCAUGGUGACCAUUGGUGGACGUUGUCAGAUGUAUCAGGAGAGAGGACUGACCGUCUCCAUGGCGACACUUCAGCAAUGGUGUUGUGAUGUUGCUUUGUAUCUCUGUUCAUUGACAUUUUUAACAAGAAUUAGCCGCAUCGAUAGCAGCCUUUACUCCAUGUGAUGUGAUCAUCAAUAAAAUAAUUAUUUG